UUAUGUAUGUAUAAAAAACACCAUGAUCUGAUCAAUUUUGAAACGUUUUUCAUUAUAUCUAUCUAUAUAAUAAUAAUUUAUAUCAUUCUUUUCCCUAAAAUAGAGAUGUUAUCAUCAUCCACGGCAAGAGAAACCAGUAUUAAUAAUCAGGAGUAUAAUUCCUUCAAAUCCUGGAGAUAUGUAAUAUUAUAUCCCACAAAUUAUAUGAAAUUCAAGUCAACUCUAGCUUUUUUCACUUUGACUUUCAUCUCUCUUCUCUUCUUCUUGAUUUUCUCUUCGAACCAUUAUUCCACCAGUUUGUUCUCACGAUACGACGUCGUUCCGGGAAACUUCACGACAUCUGGUGAUAAAGACGAAGAGACCAACAUAUCCCACAUUCUCUUCGGAAUUGGUGGCUCAGCCAAGACAUGGAACGACCGCCGCCACUACUCCAAGCUAUGGUGGAAGUCCAACGUCACUCGGGGAUUCGUCUGGCUCGACAAGGAGCCUCCGCAGCCCGAAACGACGUCUUCGGAAUCGUCGUUUAUGCCGUACAGAGUCUCGGCAAACACGUCGGAGUUUAAAUACACGUGCUCGUACGGCUCGCGGUCGGCGGUUCGCAUGGCGAGAAUUUUGAAGGAGAGCUUCGAGCUAGGGUUAGACAACGUGAGGUGGUUCGUGAUGGGCGACGACGACACUGUGUUCUUUACAGAGAAUUUGGUUGUCGUUUUGGGGAAAUACGACCACAACGAGAUGUACUAUGUGGGUGGGAACUCGGAGAGCGUGGAGCAGAAUGUGAUACACUCUUACUCCAUGGCCUACGGCGGUGGUGGCUUCGCCGUUAGCUAUCCUUUGGCGGUUGAGCUCGUUAGGGUUUUGGAUUCUUGUAUUAAUAGAUACCACAACUUUUUUGGCUCUGAUCAGAAAGUUCAAGGCUGUUUAAGCGAAAUGGGUGUACCCUUAACCAAAGAACUUGGUUUUCACCAGCUUGAUAUUCGAGGACACUCAUAUGGGCUACUAGCAGCACACCCAGUAGCUCCAUUAGUCUCACUCCACCACAUAAACUAUCUGGAGCCAUUGUUUCCGAACCAGACCCGGAUUGACUCUCUCAAGAGACUAGUCAGUGCCUAUGAAAUGGACCCGGGUCGGACUCUCCAACAAGCCGUGUGCUACGACUUGAAAAGGAAGUGGUCAAUCUCAGUGUCUUGGGGUUAUACAGUACAGUUGUAUCCUUCUCUGGUUACGGCCAAGGAGCUCAGCACAGCUUGGUUAACCUUCAAGACGUGGCGAUCGUGGAGUCUUGGCCCUUUCACUUUCAAUACCCGACUCUUCAGCCAGAACCCGUGUGAGAACCCGAUCUUUUAUUUCAUGGAUGGGGCUGAGAUAACGGGUUCGGGUCGGACCUUGACGAGUUAUAAAAAACAAAGAUUGAUCACCAGUGAUGCCAACGAUUGUGGCCGUGGUGACUACGCUGCUGCGCUUGCUAUUCAGUCUUUUAAUGUCUCGGCUACCCAUUUCAACCCAGAAUUGUGGAGUAAUAAGGCACCACGUAGACACUGCUGUGAGAUCACAUACGACCAAGGCGACGCGGAAGGGGUAGCAGGGAGCACGGCGCAGAUCCUAAUCAGAGGCUGCAAUCACUAUGAGAGUGUCACUCCUUAUUAGAAUAAAUAUAUAUAUAUUUAUAUUUAUAUAUUCCAAAAUUAUAUAAAAAGACAAUGGCCUGGGCAGAUCCAAAAUUAUACAUAGAAAUAAAUUAUACAUUUUAUUGUCAGUAAUUUUUUUUUUUCUUUCUCUUGGGCUUGGCCUGGGCAGCCUCUAAGGUGUGAAACUAUAAGGGAGAAAAAUGUACGCAUAUGUACUCAAUAUAUUUUAUUGUUAAUAGAAAUAUAAAAUAUAUAUUCAUGACAAAAAGGUUAG